AUGAGUCAAGAUUACCAUAUCAAUACCCGCUUCAAAAUGGGCGGUGAUCAGCCACAGCUCUUACAACAUACUACUCCAAAACUAUCAAACACUUCCAAGGAAGAUCCUACCCCGUUGACUCCCAACACGAACGAGAAUGCUUUAGACACAGCAAUUUUAGGUACAAACACUCCGACGUCAGUGGCCAAGGCUACGCCAAGAAUGAUGGGCAAGACUCAAUCACAACCACAGCCGCAGCCGCAAAUGCAAACUCAACCGCAAAUGCAAUCGCAAGCCCAUGAAAAUGCGCAACAACAACCGUUGAUGCCGCCAGUGGAAAUCUCUUACAACAAAGACGGCACUCUGAACACUCCUAACCAUUUAAACCUCGUAACAGAACAGCAAAAGAACAGAACACCAACACCUGCUGCCCAAAGAUCUCCUCAGACCCGGUCACAAUCACAAUCGCAAUCGCAGGCACAAGCACAAUCGCAAUCGCAACAGAGAAAAUCAAGUAGAUCCCGUCAAAACGAACCUAAACAAUUCCAUAGAAAAUCAUUGGGUGAUUGGGAUUUCUUAGAAACUGUAGGUGCCGGGUCCAUGGGUAAAGUCAAACUAGCUAAACAUCAUUAUACAAACGAAAUAUGCGCCAUCAAAGUAGUCAAUAGAGCCACUAAGGGGUUCCUGCAUAAGGAACAAACUUUGCCUCCUCCGCAAACAGAACAAGAAAUCUUGGAAAGACAGAAAAACUUGGAAAAGGAAAUCUCAAGGGAUAAACGUACCAUUAGAGAAGCAUCUUUGGGCCAGAUCUUAUACCAUCCUCAUAUUUGUCGUCUUUUCGAAAUGUGCACCAUGUCAAACCAUUUCUAUAUGCUUUUCGAAUAUGUUUCAGGGGGUCAAUUAUUAGAUUAUAUAAUUCAACACGGUUCAUUAAGAGAACAUCAUGCAAGAAAAUUCGCAAGAGGGAUUGCUAGUGCAUUACAAUAUUUACAUUCAAACAAUAUCGUCCAUAGAGAUUUGAAGAUAGAAAAUAUUAUGAUCUCCACUUCAGGUGAAAUUAAAAUUAUCGAUUUCGGUCUCUCCAAUUUAUAUGAUACAACAAGACAAUUACAUACGUUUUGUGGGUCUCUAUAUUUUGCAGCACCAGAAUUAUUAAAAGCUCAUCCUUAUACCGGUCCCGAAGUGGAUGUCUGGUCCUUUGGUGUUGUUCUUUAUGUCUUGGUAUGUGGUAAAGUUCCCUUUGAUGAUGAAAAUUCAAGUGUCUUACAUGAAAAGAUUAAACAGGGGAAAGUGGAUUACCCUCAACAUUUAUCAAUUGAAGUCAUUUCACUUUUAUCCAAAAUGUUGGUUGUCGAUCCUAAAAAGAGAGCCACUCUAAGACAAGUUGUAGAACAUCAUUGGAUGGUUAGGGGAUAUGAUAAUCCAUCUUCAUCAUACUUACCCAAUAGAAUUCCCUUGACCCCACAAAUGCUAGAUUACGAUGUCGUAAAGGAAAUGUUACGUCUAGAGUUUAUUGAUGAUAUAGAUGAGACUAUGAAUUAUUUAACCAAAAUCAUCUCGGAUGAAACAUAUUUAGAAUUAUCAAAUCAAUAUUGGUCCUUAAUUAAAGAAAAAAAUUUAAACAUCAAUGAAAUGAGUCCCUUUGAUAAUCCAUUGCAGGCAUACCAUCCUUUAAUCUCUAUAUAUUACCUGGUGGAUGAAAUGUUAAGAAAUAAAUUGAAAAAAUUACAAAGAAGACAAAUGCAAUUCCAACAACAACAAAAUUUGGAAUUACAAAGGAAAAAAUUGGAAUUACAAAAGCAAAAUGCUGCUGCGUCUGCUGCUGCGUCUGCGGGACUUGCCACUACUACCCCAGCUGCCACCCCAGUUAUUCCUCAACCAGUAAAUUCACCUAUCAAGACUCAGUUAUCACCCAUUAAGACAGAUGCAUCUCCAAUGGUAAAGAGUAGAAAAGAGGGCAACUUAUCUUCCCCUGCAAAACAAUCACAACAACAACAAAAGAGCUUAAAAGUAAUGAUCCCUCCAAAAUUAAUCAUCCCAGAACAAGCUCAUACUUCCCCAACAACAAGAAAAACUGUUGAUAGACAAAAUGAUAUAGAUACUGUCUUUGCUAAAGCUGAAAAUAAAAUUAACAACUAUAACGAUACUCCCGAAAAUAGCACUUAUGCCAGUCCAAUGGAAUCUCCAAGUAAACAUCAAGCAAAUACAAACGUAAAUAAUACUACUAGCAUACCAGAUUCUCCUGAUGAUGAAAAUAAAACAACUAUUGGAAACAUAUUUAGAAGAUUAUCCUCCCGUCGUCAUCCUUCAGGUGCAACCACAGAUUCUUCUCCUACUAACAACCCUACAUCAAUGGAUCCAUCUCAAAUGCAAAAGAAACUUCCAGAUACAGUUAUUCCAAAGACUCAUUCUCGUGCUUAUUCAGAAUAUGUUCCAUCAAAUAGAAAUCCAAAUUAUGGCUCUAUGAAUACUCCACCAGUAUUAAUUAGAUCACCACAAAGAUCAGCAUCUCAAAAGCAAAAUGCAGAUUUACCUGCAUUGCCAAUGAAUGCUGAAACUAUCGUUCAGCAACAAAGAGCUAAACAAUUAUCAAAUAAUAUGGAAAAUUUGAAAAUUAAUCAAGAUUCAGCAAAUGAUGAUGAAGCAACUCCUACUCCUACUACCACAGCACCUACUGACACUAGCAACAACAAUAAUAAUACUCAAGAUAACUCAUAUGACCAAUUAAAUAUUCCAAAAGGUAGGAAGUUACAUCCAAAUGCAAGAGCUAAAUCUGUGGGUCAUGCUCGUCGUGAAUCUUUGAAAUAUAGCAGACCCCCUGUACCUGCCAAUUUGUUCCAACCAGAAAUGGAAGAUAAUGGCUUUCUUCAUUAUAGUGAUGAUAAUAGAUCAGAUAAUAAUAAUACCACAGCAACAAAUGCUACUUCCACUUCCACCAAUAAUAAUACCACGAAAGCAGGUAUCGUAUCAAAUAAUAUUAACAAUUACACUAAUGAAAAUAAUUCAGUUAUUCAAAAUACAAUUAAUAAUCAAAUUAAUACCCAUGAAAUUAUAACUGAACAUUUAUUAUCCGAUGAUGAAAUUCUUGAUCAAGCUGCAAAGGCUCCUCCUGGAACAAUGCCAUCUAUUGAUUUCCCACGUUCAUUAUUCUUAAAGGGCUUUUUUUCAGUACAAACAACUUCUUCAAAACCUUUACCUAUAGUUAGAUAUAAAAUCAUUACUGUAUUGAAAAAAAUGAAUAUAGAAUUUAAAGAGGUUAAAGGUGGGUUCAUUUGUCUUCAAAGAUAUUACAAUAACAAUAACCUCUUGAAUGUCAAUACUACUGCUGCUGCUGCUACUACAACAACUUCUAAUACUUCUAAUACAGAUACAGAUGCAGAAGAUCAAGUAUCAAAAGGUCUUACUCCAAGAUCUCGUCAUAAUUCCAUUAAACGUCAAGGCUCCAUUAAUAAAUAUUUUGCAAAUAAUUUAAAUACAGAUACAAAUAACGCUCCUCCAAUCCCAAUGUCUCCAAUGGGUAUGUUGAAUAAUGAUCCAAACACUCAACAAAAUUCAACUCAUGGUAGAAGUAUGUCCACUGUAUUAUCCCCAACUAGAUAUAGUAAUAAUAAUAGUAGCGUAGGUGGUGGUGGAGUAUCAGGUGACGUUUCUGCGGCUUCUUUAGAAUAUAUUAAUCAAGAUGAAAACGUGUUGACGAAUUCAAGAGCAGAAGGUAUGAAUAGAAUUGAUAAUCAAGAUGCUAUUAAUGACGAUGAAGAAUUAAGUAGUAAUGGUGAACCAAUCUCCAAGACUAUAAGUUCAAACGGUGGUAAUCAAAUUAAUAGAGAAAAACAACCUAUUAAAUUCGAAAUUCAUAUUGUCAAGGUUCGUAUUGUCGGUUUAGCUGGUGUUCAUUUCAAGAAGGUAUCUGGUAAUACUUGGUUAUAUAAAGAACUAGCGUCUAGAAUAUUAAAUGAUUUAAAUCUUUAA